AUGUUCGGCAAACUCCUGGUUAUCUCCGCCCUUGUGGCUUUCGCUUCAGCCAGUCCUAAACCUGGAUAUCUCGGCGGUGCCGCCAUCGCUGCUCCGAUUGCAGCUCCCAUCGCUGCUGCACCAGUUCUGGCCUACGGCGGCGGCUACGGCUACGGCACUGGCAUCGGUCUCAGGAGCGGACUCGGCUACGGCUACGGUGCUGGUAUCGGCCUCAGGAGUGGACUCGGCUACAGCGCCGGCUAUGGCUAUGCUGCUCCCGCCCUGGCUUACGGUGCCGGCUACGGCGGAUACGGCGCUGGUCUGGGAUACUCUGGAAUUGCUCGCACCGCUGCUAUCGGCUACAGCGGUCUUGGCUACGCUGGUGGAUACAGCGGUCUUGGCUAUGCUCACGGAUAUUAG